AUUGAUUGAUUGAUCCAACACCCAACCAGCACAUCCCAGUUUGUAACAAGCUAACAUCUCAUUUCCACCCCACCCACCCUUCCACUCUCAUUCACUUCACACAUCCAACCUCCCUCCUGGCCGAAUCGAUCAGCCAUCAUGGUGGGGGUUCCCUCCAUUUCCUUGGAUCAAACCCAGCGUCGUCGGAUCCUCGCCCUCCUCGUGGUGUCCGUGGCACUCGUAAGGAACCGAUCGAGUAUAGCAGCUAUUGGAGACACUCUCAACAUCAAGAAAUGGAGCCAAGAGCGCAAGCGCCGGCGCGACGAGCGAAGGCGACGCGAGAGGGAGACUCCCCUUAACACACCUGCGCUGGAGAAGAAGCUGGUUGACCUGUACAUACGCGACCCAUCCGGGUCACGGACAUUGCUGGUUCCUCACAUGGGGCGUAUAUCCAAGGUGCAUAUCACCCCGACGCCUCAAGAAGUAUACGAAGCGAAUGCCAAACUGUUCACUCCACUUCGGCCUGGAGAGAAGUUGGGUAUCAAUAAGCGCUUCUGGCAAAUGCUUCGAGCUGUCCUUAGUAUCGCGAUCCCUGGAGCCAAGAGCAAAGAGGCCUUCCUCCUGCUUCUCCACACCUUCUUCUUGGUGGCCCGAACCUAUCUCAGUGUUCUUGUGGCUCGUCUGGACGGGCGCAUCGUCCGUGAUUUGGUCUCGGCGAACGGACCGGGGUUCAUUGGUGGCCUUGGCUGGUGGUUCGUGUUGGCCGUGCCAAGCACAUACACCAACUCCAUGAUUCGCUACCUGGAGCACAAGCUGGCCCUGGCAUUCCGCACAAACCUUACGCGCUAUAUUCACGACAUCUACCUCAACCAGAAUCUCAACUACUACAAGUUUGGACUUGGCCUGGGGGUCGUCAGCGGAAGUGCCGGUGAUGCCGAGCAGAAGGAGCACGGCCGUCUGACUUCAGAGGAAAGAGAAGUUGUGGCAGGCGGGGCUGAUCAAUUGAUCACAACGGAUCUCGCUCGAUUCUGUGACUCCCUUGCAUCCCUCUAUGGCAACAUGGGCAAGCCGUUCUUGGAUAUGGUCAUCUUCACUUCGCAGCUCGCGGCUUCGCUAGGUGCAGCCGGAACUGUGGGCCUUUUCGCGCAAUACUACUUCACCGCUUGGGUCCUCCGUCAGGCCACUCCCGCUUUCGGUCGUAUGGCCGCCACUGAAGCCCGCCUCGAAGGAGAGUACCGAACUGGCCUUGGCCGCGUCGGACGCGACAGCGAGGAGAUUGCCUUCUAUGAUGGCGGAAAGCGAGAGCUCGGGAUCCUGUGGUCAGCAUACUUGAAGCUCGCUAAGCAUGUGCAUUCCAUCUUCAAGGUUCGCAUUCCUUACGGCAUGACCGAGGACUUCGUGAUCAAGUAUUUCUGGUCCGCGUUCGGGUAUGGUCUCAUGUCCAUCCCUGUGUUCUUCCCGGUUGCUCGUCACGCCCUCAACCCGAAGGACCACAACGUAAAGGACACCGCCAAUGAGGUCGCCAACCGCACAGAAACUUAUGUCUCAAACCGCCGCUUGUUGCUUUCUCUCGGCGAUGCCGGUGGUCGACUGAUGUACAGUGGCAAGGAGCUCGCCGAGCUAUCUGGCUACACCAGCCGUGUCUACUCACUUUUGGCUUCGCUGCAUUGCCUGGACAACAACGUUUACCCCGAGAACCCCCGCCCGGCGUCUCUUCCUGCUGACGAGCCUUUCUACGACUUGGCGAACGUUCAUGGCCGUGUCAUCAUCGGACCUAGCCAUGUGCUCCUCAAAGGCGUUCCCAUCGUUGCUCCUGCUGGUGGAGUUGCGGGUGCUGAGCGCGGCGGAGAGGAGCUUAUCCGUAGCCUUGACCUCCGUGUAGAACAGGGCGAGCACACACUCGUGACUGGAGCCAAUGGUGUCGGUAAAACUGCGAUCGCUCGUGUUAUUGCGCAGCUCUGGCCCACUUGGUCUGGACUACUGGAACGUCCGGCUCACGGUGAAGGUGGCAUAUUCUUCCUCCCACAGAGGCCGUACCUCAGUAUUGGUAGUCUGAGGGACCAGGUCAUCUACCCUCACACGUACGCGGAGAUGAAAGCCCGGGGUCGUACCGACGCCGAGUUGAUGAGCAUCCUGGAGCACGUCCACCUGGCCUACCUCCCUUCCCGUGAAGGAGGCUGGGAGACGAGGAAGGAAUGGAAAGAUGUUCUCAGUGGUGGCGAAAAGCAACGGAUGGGCAUGGCUCGUCUGUUUUACCAUCGUCCGGCUUACGCUGUGCUCGACGAAGCCACUUCGGCGGUUUCAUCCGACGUCGAGGGCUUGAUGUACGAGCACGCCAAGGCCCUGGGCAUCACCCUUAUCACCAUUUCCCAUCGCCCGUCCCUUCUCAAGUAUCACAACCGCCACCUUCGUCUGGGUGAGCCUACCCUUGCGCCGUCGCUAUCCACCGCCAAUCUCCAUGCCAACAUCGGCGCCCCGUCCACUCCUUUGGCCGCGCGAGGCUGGCAGCUCACGCAAAUGUCUUCGCACACCGACGAAGAAAAGCUUGAGCUUGACAAGGAAAUUGAACGACUUGAGCACGUUCUUGAUGGCGAAGUUGAACAGUGGGAGCGUCGCCUUGCGGAGGUCAACAAGGAGCUGCAAGGCAAGUAAGUGGUUUGACCCACAGACCGCUGUGUGUUUUGAUUGUAUGCAACCACUGUAUCCGUUG